AUGGCUCUAAGUGGAAACUGCAGGACUUACCUUCCUCCUCGAGAGCAGGGGACUGGGCUACACUCUUUCCCGGAGGUAGUGGAGCUGAAUGUGGGCGGACAGGUUUACUUCACUCGCCACUCCACCUUGGUUGGCACCCCUCACUCCCUGCUGUGGAAAAUGUUCACCCCAAAGAGAGACACAGCCAACGAUCUGGCCAAGGACUCCAAGGGAAGAUUCUUCAUUGACAGAGAUGGUUUCCUUUUCCGCUAUAUUUUAGACUAUCUCAGGGAUAAGCAGGUGGUUCUGCCUGACCACUUCCCAGAGAAGGGAAGGCUCAAGAGAGAGGCCGAGUACUUCCAGCUCCCAGACUUGGUCAAACUCCUGACUCCUGAUGAUAACAAGCAAAGCCCCGAUGAUUAUUGCCACAGUGACUAUGAAGAGGUCUCCCAAGGCAGUGACACGAGAAUAUGCCCACCCUCAUCACUCCUGCCACCAGAUCGGAAGUGGGGAUUCAUUACCAUUGGGUACCGGGGUUCAUGUACUAUUGGCAGGGAGAGCCAAGCAGAUGCCAAAUUCAGGAGGGUACCAAGGAUUUUGGUUUGUGGAAGGAUUGCUCUGGUCAAAGAGGUCUUUGGAGAAAGUUUAAAUGAAAGCAGAGACCCAGACAGGGCUCCAGAAAGGUAUACCUCCAGGUUUUAUCUCAAGUUCAAGCACCUGGAGAGGGCUUUCGACAUGUUGUCUGAGUGUGGAUUCCACAUGGUGGCCUGUAACUCCUCAGUGACAGCUUCCUUUGUCAACCAGUACACAGAUGACAAGGUCUGGUCCAGCUACACUGAAUAUGUCUUCUACCGUGAGCCCUCCCGCUGGUCCUCCUCCCACUGCGACUGCUGCUGCAAGAAUGGCAAAGGCGACAAGGAGGGAGAGAGUGGCACGUCGUGCAACGAGCUGUCGACAUCGAGCUGUGACAGCCAGUCGGAGGCCAGCUCCCCCCAGGAGACGGUCAUCUGUGGCCCCGUCACCCGCCAACCCAACAUACAGACUCUGGACCGACCAGCCAAGAAGGGGCCCGUGCAGCUGCUACAGCAGUCUGAGAUCCGCAGGAAGAGUGAUCUGCUCCGAACUCUCACAUCUGGCUCCAGGGAGUCCAACUCCAGCAAGAAAAAAGCAAUGAAGGAGAAGCUCUCCAUUGAGGAGGAGCUGGAAAAAUGUAUCCAGGAUUUCCUUAAAAUCAAAAUCCCAGACAGGUUUCCAGAGCGGAAACAUCCCUGGCAAUCUGAACUGCUGCGGAAAUACCACCUAUAG